AUGUCCUUCAUCAACAGUCCAAUGGCAGAUGAAGGAUUUCAAUAUGGGCGGAGCCAUCGGGUAGAUGACGUUCAACAGCUUGUAUUCAUCACCAUGAUGCAGCUACAAUACCCGUUUGAAGGAUUUUCGCAACAACUGAAGAAUUCAGAAGUCCCAUCUCCAACCACCGACCGUCGUAUGAGACGAAAUCGUACCGCUUUCAGUGAGGAUCAGCUGGAUCAGCUGGAGAGAACUUUCGAACAAUGCCAUUAUCCUGAUAUUGCGCAACGAGAGAAGUUAGCUCGAGAAACUCACCUACCAGAAGCGAGAAUACAGGUCUGGUUCAAAAAUCGCCGAGCAAAACAAAGAAAACGAAUGAGAAAUCAAAGCGGUGACGCAACGCCACCGCCUACGCCUAACAACUCGACUCCAAAGGAAAAUACUAUAUUCACAUGGACGCCAGGAAGAGUAUUUGCAAAUUUCUUCCCACCACAUUCAACUUCAUACGCUCCGUAUCCGUCGUUUGUGCACUAUCAUCAACCACCAGUAAGUGAAUAG